GUCAACAUGGACUCAUUGCCAUUCCCCAAGUGUACAUAUGGCUCCAUCUUCUCUUUGGCUGAUUUAAGCUAGAACACCCCCACUUCUAAUCCAUGCAUCAACCCAUCUGCCUAGCUAGCUAGCCCCUCUCUACCACUCUUCCCUUCUUGUCUCUAGCCAAGAUCAGAGACCAUAUUGAUACCGCCUUCAGUGCUAGCACUUAAUUUAGCUAGCUAGCUUGUGGACUUUUCUUGGACGCCUGCUGGCCCCUGAUCUUUAACAACAUAUAUUACUGAGGAGUACUGAAAGGGAGGGGAAGAAAAUACAAGGAAGAGCUAUUGCACCUAAGUAAUAAAGACACCAUGCCUCGCAGACAUGAAUUUGGGAGGGCUGAUGAGGCCACCCACCCCGACUCCAUGAGAGCCGCUUUGGCUGAAUUUGUCUCCACUUUCGUCUUUGUUUUUGCGGGAGAAGGCUCUGUCCUUGCUCUUGACAAGUUGUACAAGGAAACCGGGCCACUGGCUUCCGGGCUCGUGGUGGUUGCACUUGCACAUGCAUUGGCACUGUUUUCCGCUGUAGCAUCGAGCAUCAACAUAUCAGGUGGCCAUGUAAACCCUGCUGUUACCUUCGGCUCACUUGUUGGUGGCAGGAUAUCGGUUAUUCGAGCUGUCUAUUAUUGGGUUGCCCAGCUCUUGGGUUCUAUUGUCGCAGCUCUCUUGUUGAGGCUUGUCACCAAUGGCAUGAGACCAGUAGGGUUCCAUGUGCAGUCAGGAGUUGGAGAGGUGCAUGCGCUUCUAUUGGAAAUGGCACUGACAUUUGGGGUGGUCUACACAGUGUAUGCAACAGCCCUUGAUCCUCGAAGAGGAAGCUUGGGGAUCAUUGCACCUCUAGCAAUUGGGUUCAUUGUGGGGGCAAAUAUCUUGGUUGGUGGUCCGUUUGAUGGGGCCUCUAUGAACCCAGCAAGAGCUUUUGGGCCUGCUUUAAUUGGGUGGAGAUGGAGAAGCCAUUGGAUCUACUGGGUUGGUCCUUUCCUUGGAGGAGGCUUGGCAGCACUCAUAUAUGAAUACAUUGUGAUCUCCACAGAGCCCGUACCUCGCCAUUCUCAUCAGCAUCAGCCCCUGGCUCCUGAAGACUAUUAGUCGUCGUCUUCUAUCAAAUUUGCAUCAUAUAUUGUCUGUAAUUACGUUUACCUUGUUUUGUAUGUUCGGUGUCGUGUCUUUCACUGCCUUUUGGGUCUGGGACAUUGUGAUUGUGAGGAGUUUGUCUAGUGUCAAGUGAAGCCGAGGCCAUGAAUUAUGACGCGUGGAAAUAAAGGCGUUACAGCCGCUUUCUAUUACUGUAUUUUAUUGCCUUUCGUCUUCCUACUGCUACUAGGGUAAGCGUAAUCCUAUUGCUUCUUUUACUU